AAUUUUCGUCGGUAUAAACGAAAAGGCCUAUGCUGGCGUGUGUCCCUUCUAGCCCCACUACGGAACACUUGUCUGAAUGGGGGUUUCCAACCAACAUGGAGCCGCACAUUUAAACAGUCUUAACCUAUCUUGACGAACGACAGUGCGCCGACUGUACUUGCCAAUACGGACUACACGCGUGCGGGAUUUAGUUUGUUUACAUUUAAAACGAAACUGAAUAUUUAUGAAAAUUUUCGUGAUAUGACUAAAAAUUAGAGUUUUGUAUGUGCGGAACAGUGAAAUUAGUGAAUGUAGAAGUGGAAAAUAAUGCGAAAAUGAAUUUUAAACAUAGAAAAUGUUUGCAGACAUUGUGUUGUGCUGUUUUAUUAGCUUAUAGUACUCUUCUAUUGUAUCAAAUUAUAGGGGAUGGAAACGCAGACGUUCAGAAUAAGAUAUCUGUCAAUGAACAAAUGGAUCCUAAACUGUAUUACCACGACCGAAACCUCGCGGAAGACCGAUCUCAAGUUGAUUACGAACGCCCACAGGAAGUUGUCACUGAAAUACCGACCGCUACCGCUACGGCCAAACCCCCUUCAGCAACUCUUCAAGACAUAUUUAUUAGUGUAAAGACUACGAAAACGUACCAUAAUAAAAGGUUGCCCAUCAUUUUGAAGACAUGGUUUCAACUCGCCAGAAAACAGACAUGGUUCUUCACUGAUACCGAUGAUAUGGAAUUCCAGACGAAAACUAACGGCCACAUGAUCAAUACGAAUUGUUCUUCAUCUCACAGCAGAAAGGCCUUAUGUUGCAAAAUGUCAGUGGAGUUCGAUACCUUUCUAAAAACGGAUAAAAAAUGGUUCUGUCACUUCGAUGAUGAUAAUUACGUUAACGUUCCGAGACUGGUACGAUUCUUAGGGGAUUACAAUCCGAGAGAUGAAUGGUAUUUGGGAAAACCCAGCAUUCAAGCUCCACUUGAAAUAGUGAAAAAAGAGAAAAAAGUUGUGAGAAAAAUAAAAUUUUGGUUCGCGACAGGUGGGGCAGGAUUCUGUCUGAGUAGGGCGUUGGCUGUGAAGAUGAAGCCGUUUGCUAGUGAAGGCAGGUUCAUCAGCACCGGUGAAAGAAUCCGCCUACCUGAUGACGUAACUAUGGGAUACAUAAUUGAACACCUUCUCAAACAGCCGCUCACUGUCAUCGAUCAAUUUCAUUCACAUCUCGAGCCAAUGAAGUUUAUCAGAAGAGAUAUGAUCGAGGAUCAGAUAUCAUUUAGCUACGCCAAAUCUAAAGAUGAGUGGAAUGUAGUCAGAAUUGAUGGAUUCAGCGAAAGCGAAGAUCAAUAUAGGUUCUUGUCUCUUCAUUGUUUUCUCUUCCCGUACUUCAGCUUUUGUCCAAGACGGAGGUAAAAAUGAAAGACAAUUAUAUAGGGUGGACUUCUAAACUAAAAAAAUGCGAUAUUGGAUAAAAAUAUUUGUUCAUCAAAUGUAAGUUUGUAAACACUAAAGAAGGAUUCAUUCAUUUUAUUAUUCCAAUUAACAUAAAAAAGUAAAACAUCUUGCGAAAAUGGAGAUUUACACGAUAGAAAUCUGUUGACAUUCUUCGUCAACGAAGCUGCUGUAUAAAAAAAUUUCGUCGUUUUUUAAUAUAAUAGAAACAAAUUGUUUUUCAAAAUUCAUCUAGUGAGUGACAAAAAUUUGUUUACGUUAAACAAUAACUUGAUGAACGUCAAAAUGAAACCCAAACAUCAAAAAAUAAGUUAGAUAGACCUAAAAACGAAAACAUAUAUUCAUACUAACACAUCAUAAUACAGAAUUUUCAAACACAAAGUCAAGCGGUUUCAAAACAAAGUCGAAAGACUUCUUUCUUAGCUUCCAGAUUACAAAUUUACUGUCAUUUUCUUUGUGUCAUAUUUACAGUUCACCAUAAAGCACAUUGUUUUGUAGCUCAUAUAAUUAUAAUGCCCUUCAUUCAUCACUUCUUCAACUUCAACAAAAGUUUCUGGAUUGCUUGAUGUGACGCUUUUUGACUUAAGGAGCUUAUCCCUCUUCCAUUAAUCAUAGAUACUCAUAUUUUGAUGUGCUCUGCAAAACUACUGUGCUGUUUAUUUAUACCUUGUACUAGCUUAGUUCAAAUUCCACUGUCGAGGUGGCCGUUGCAGUCACGCAUGUAUGACUACAACGUGUGUUAUGCAAGAUAACUUUAUCUUAUAAUCAAACAUCGAUCUUCUAAUAAUUCCUAAAAUGUAUUUAUUUUCGGUUGUGGAUGAACCAGCUGCAUCUUCUUUUGUAUAUAACAUUUAUACUAAUGAGACUAUAAUUUCAUUAUUUCAUAUGAUGCUACAGAUUUCCCUAAUUUAUCCUUCAACAUUUCGUUAAUUUCCGUUGAAAUUUAAUCUUUUUAACGCAAAUACUUAAUCUCCGUACGUUGCUCGACACAGUAGUACACAUUGGAAAACAAUUUUGAAAUUGCUAGUUUUUACACAACGAGAAAUUUUUUAUACAAAUUUUAGUGGAAAAUGUCUUACAUUAAGUCACUCUAUAUUUUAUAAAGUGGUUGAAAUUGUAGGAAUUUUAGUCAGUUAGACAGUUAAAAAGAAACCUAUCAUUAUAUUUCAUUUCAAUCAAAUCUUUCAGUCGAUUUAAGAAUAGAACGAACAAGGUGAGUCAGUGAUCGCCUUAUAGAGAUACAGGGUAUCUUCACUUUUUCAACAAAUGUCAUUUUGAAUAUUACGAGGUAUAUCAAUAAAUUUAGUUGUUUAGUUAUUUAGUUAUUAAAAAAAAGGUGUACAGUUGUAAGCACUAAUCAUAGCGUGGCAGAAAUUUUUGUAUGCCUUCUUCAUGGAAGGUUACAGCCUGUAUUUUCAAUUAUGUGGUGACACUUUCUUCGGAAAAAGAGAUGAAAGUAGCUAGGAAUCAGAUCUGGGCCGAUCAAACACGUUUCGGCCAAAUUUCUGUGCAGUUUGAGGUUUCAAUUUUUAAAUGGUUUAGCAGUAAACGUGUGCAUUCAUUGUUUGGUCUCGUAGGGAGAAAUCAAAUCUUUCUGUUGUAAAAAAUGGUGUACAUGAGUUAUAGACGCGUCAAGAUUUACUCAGACUUUGGUUGAGGACGAAGUAUGUAAAAAUUGAAGUGCACUGCUCUUCCGUUGUUUUUUGUGCUAUUCUGUAAAAAUUUUGGUUACCGAAAUUUUAGUUUUUAACAAUUUUAAAAAUUAGUGAUCGUGAAAUAUGCGGGUAUUUAGUAGCAAAAGCACUAAUUGUGAACUUACAGUUUUGCUAUUCAAUUGCGUAGAUGAGUUCUUAAGUCAAGUACUUCAUUGAACUGUCUAAAGCAUCUUCUAAUAAUUUAUUCUCUCAUAUCACUGCGAUAGCAGCGCUAUCGCUGAUGGAAAUAGAAACGGAACUUACAUUAUGGAUAUACCUUGUAUACUGAAAAAAAGCUUGAAAAUAUUGAUUUGGAAUAUUUUGUUUUCAUUUAAACGCAAUAGAUUAGAAUUCCUACAAAUCUAUAUAUUAUAUUAAUGUCUGUGAUGUUGUACAUAUAUUAAAAAAAUACACUUUUAGAUAUAUUAUGUUGAUUUUGUAAUAUUUUUUAGGCUAGUCUAUAUAUGCAAUAUAAAAAUAUAUUAGUCUGCUUAUUUUGAUUUAUUUUGCAAUUAAUAUCAUGUUAUAUCAUGAUAUUCAUGAUGAAUCGUCAUGUAAUUAUCGUACUCAGAUAUGUCAGACAUUUCAAAAUAUCAAAUUACAUCAAGUAUUAUUGCUAUGAUCAGUUUAACACACAUGCCCGAAAAAAUUUUGUUUUGUUUUGUUCCAAUUUCUUUUUGGUUGGUUGAAUAUACGCGGAUGUUCCCAGAAGUACCUAGCCCAUCGAAGAAACUCCCUACACUUUUCCCGGCGAUGUUCAAUAAGUUCCAUAUAUCCUUUUUAUAAUGAGAAUCGUCAAGCUCCUCAGAAUAGCCAUUGACUGUCGAUAUCACCUCUUCAUUGCUGGAAAAUCUUUAACCACCAAGCCAUUUUUUCAAGUCUGGGAACAGAAAAUAAUCCUAGGGGGCUAAAUCUGGCCAAUAGAGUAGCAAUUCAACCUUUAAUUCAAUAAUUUUGGCAAUUGCAAUAACAGAUGUACUUUCUUCUUAGCCAAAUUUGGCCGUUUUUGCAUGAUUUCUUCAUUUGAACAUUACAAUAAGUUCACAUAAUACUAGCUGAUGACAGUUUUUUCUUUUUCAAGAUUUUUCUAGUCAAUGAAAAUUAUCCCACGUGCAUCCGAAAAAUUUCGAGGAUUUCACAUUAUGUUUUACUAAAAAAAGAUAAUAAUGCUGAAAAGCGAUGUCACGCAUUCCCUGCUGUUUUCUACGAUUCGUAGUAGACCAGUUCAACCAAAUUUUUCGUGUGUUUAUCUAAAAAUUCCGGUUUAUAUUCGAACCGCUCUCUUAAUUCAAAACAAAAUAUUGUUUAUAUGUAACCUCUAAAUAUAGAUUACAAUCACAGGCUUCAUUCUUCUUAGAAAAUCGGCGUAAAGAGUGAUUCUUUCAUGUGUUCUAGUAAUGAAAACAUUUUCUUAUACUGUCGCAAUAUCAUAAAAUGUUUCUUCCUUCUGUUUACUUUAAAAUUAUGACGAUAAUAUAACACUUAUUGACGAAUUGAUGUUGUUUAUCAUCAAAAAUGAUGCCACAUGUUAUUUAAAUUUUAUUUCUUUCUUUAUAUCUAUAAUUUUUCUAGUCCAUUACAUCGACAUUUUGAGUGUAACUGACUUUGUACAGUACAAUAUUUUUGUAUAUUUUAUAUUUUUUAAUUGUGAUAUUUUCCAGUUACAACAUCUAGAAAAUUUAAAAAAUAAGUAAUGUAUUUAGCAAAUUUUUUAAAAUUGUGACUAAAUAUCAACAAGUUUAUAUCUGAAAUCAUCGGUAAUGUAAAUUAUUUGCAUAUAGUUUCUUGUAAGCGUUUGUAUACAAACUUCAAUAGAUAAUUUUCACACAAUAUCUUAUACUUUAAAUAUGGUGCAAUGUUAAUACUUUUCUACAUAAUGCAAUUGCUCAAAAACUUCAUUAUACAAUGUAUCCCAGAUAGAUGGAACUACUCUUAUAAGAUGCAAAAAAUUCUCUAUUUCAAUUUUUGUUUUUGGAAGUUUAAGCCUGCUUGUAAGAUUAAUUUCGAACAUAAUUUUUGUUUUGGAAAAUCAAAUUCACGGAAUCGCGGAAACUCUCCAAAAAUCUACUUUUCUGUAAAAAUGUAUGUGGAAAAUAUGAAAUAAAGUUAUUGACUUAUUUUUACUGGUACUUUACAGUACUGAUUAGGGAUAAUUAAAUGAAGGUAUAUCACAUUAAAUGCUAGGCUGUAAGUACUUGUUAUUAUUAUUUCCGAAUGUGUUCUUGAUAUACUAUCCAUUAUUGUAAAGUCUGGUGGUCUAGCAGCUCAACAUCUCACACUCAUUCUCCCAAACCAUCUUCCAUUAAAUUGAUGAUUAAGCUAAUCAGUAAUCCUUGUGUAGAAUGAUCCCAGCAACCGUUAUGUUGGUAGAAAUGGGUUUAUCAAAUAUUUAUAGGAAGGUUGUCAAUGAAUCUUUGCAGAAUUUGUAAGUAAGCAUGAUGUAUCAACGUUCCUUCAAUAAAGAAAGCUUUGAUGAUUCGUAUCUCUUAUAGUGCGGCACACCCAACAUUAACUUUUUUUGAAAAACUGCUUUCAUGCUUCAAUUUCGUAAUAACAAAAUGACCUUCGCUCCAAUAUCGACAGUUUUGGGAAGAUGUAUAAAAACUUCUGUUUCUAGAAUUAGCUCCUCUUAAGACAAACAGAACUUGAUUCGUCACCUUCUACUGAAGUAUGACAAAUUUUGUUUUUGCACGGAAACAUUCUGUUUGCUUUAUAAAUUCUCUGUAAAUGUACUUUACUUUUGUUUGUAAUUUCGCUUCGAUUCCUAAACAACACGUAAUAAUCUGAAUCCAUUGAAUUUAUCUAACUAACGCAUCAGUUCCAUUCUAAAUUUUUGUGUAUUUUUCAAUGUAGUAAGAUCAAACUCCAAGGGCACUUUUGUUCACUGCAGUAUUUGUGAUCAAAAUUUAAAAUGAUAGUGGAUCGUUGAUUUUGAAGUUUGUUAGAAGGAUGUAAAUGUCGAUUCUAAAUAACUUAUCACCAUAAAUAUUACCACAUAAAAGGCAUUUUACUAUCGAAAUACUUAAUUUUUAAAAUCGAAAAUUUAGUUAAAAAGUAGUAUUUAAUCAAACAGAACUGAAUUCGUUCCACUUAUCUGAAGAUAAAGUAUAGAUUUUAUUUAUGAAACACUAUUUUGUAAAAAUAUGUAUACAUUGUAGGGAAAGUAGGGUUAAGGAGAACCGUCUCAUAUAGGAGAAAACUAACCACAUGCGUUUAACAAAAAAACUCUUCAGAAUGGGAUUUGUGUAGAUACGGGGUAUCCUUUAUCGUUGGGACUAAAGUCUCUAAACUUAUUGUUCUCUAGAUCCCAACUUUAACAACUUAUAGUUUUUACUAUAAAAUUUAUCCUGAUACUAUUGUGAGACGCUUUUCCUUACCUCCGUAUAUUCUAUGAAAUUUUUAUAAUUGUUUGUAAAUAAAUUUUUGUUAAAUAA